UGUACACAUUCAAAACAAUAGUUACGUAAUCAAGACCGGUUUCUGAAGAUUGCAUGGAAACAGGUCCUUUCACCAGAAAUCCUCACUACGAGAAACUUUAUCAUCAGAGCCUUCAACAUGAACGGAGCUGGCUUGAUCAAUUUAAGCCAAUUCCGAUAUAAGGAUUACCCGCACAAGAAGGUAGCUUUAAUUCACUUGGAGCGGAAACGGCCAUGGCCAUCAUGUCCAAACCCGGAAACCGGCAACCAAUGGAGCGAAGAUAUGAAAUCCAAGAUUGUGGAUAUUGUCUCGAAGGGAAAAUUUGAAGUCUUUCGAGCUGACCAGAAAACCAAGGUCGACGACGAUCCAAGCCUCCGCCAAGCUCUUAAUGAGUGCAUGGAAGCUUCGGUGGAUGUGAUUGUUGCUGUCCAGCCAGUAAUCAGUGAUGGUCGGUUGGCACCGGUCUUGGCCCAACAAUGGGGCCAUUGCCUGAUCCUGUGGGCCACGCCUGAGGAGCAGAAAGGAGAAAUGAUCUCUGGAAACUCUUUGGUCGGUUCACACCUGAUGACCGCCACAUUAAGGCAACUCGGCUUCCCAGCUCAGUUUGUAUUCGGGAACUUAGAUUGGGCUUUGGCCGAAACUCAGUUGUUGAGGGCUGUGGAUGUAGCUUUUGCAUCUCGAUACUUGGCCAAGGCCAAAGUGGCCUUAAUCGGCUACCAAGCCCCGGGUUUUCAAGAUUUCCAUCCCAACCCUUUCGUGAUGAGGAAAACCUUUGGAACCCUCAUGUUACAUAUUGGGACCACUGAAUACGUUCAAUUGGCCAAGAGUAUGAAGAAGGACGUAGUGCAGAAUGACACUGACCACGUGCUCAAUCAUCUCAAACUACCCUUCAAAGCCCUACAGACUGGUUUCGGGGUUGAGGAACAUGAACUGGACCAAUCUUCUAGACACUAUCUCGCCAUGAAAACCCUGAUUGCCGAUAAUAAUCUGGAUGCCUUAGCUAUUCGGUGCUGGCCGGAACUCCCAGGGCCUCCGGAAAGUGGUGGCCUGGAUCAAUGGUGCUACAUGGCCUUGGCCAGAUUGGCAACUGAAGGGUUCCCAAUUGCUUGCGAAGGAGAUGUGGACGGGGCUCUGGGAUGUUUGAUCGGCAAGUUCUUAGGCUGCGGCACCAUUUACCUCUCGGAUUGGCUUGAGCAUGACAAAGAAACAUUGACACUUUGGCACGGCGGCAUGGCUCCAUUUCAACUGAGCGAGGCUGUUGGCACUCGGUUAGGCCCCUGCAUCAGCCGUCAUUUCAACAACCGGAAAGCUGGCUGUCUCGAUGCCACAAUCAGGAUUGGGAUGGAAGUGACCAUCUUCAGAUUUUGGGUGUUCAAUGAGCAAUACCAUGUUGUGAUCAUGGAAGGAAGGACUGUAAAACCCAAAAGACAUUUGUUGGGAAAUAAUGGUUUGGUGGAGUUCGAGGCUGAUGUGGACCUGAUCAAUUCAUUUGAAGUCUGGCUUCAAAGAGGAUUUCCGCAUCACAUUUGCGUCGUGGAAGGGCGACAAGGCAAAAAAAUGGCUGCAUUUGCUGAACAAAGCAAUGUCAAGGUACUGGAAAAACGUUUACUGGCAUGACUGUUUUGAUAAAAAAGGAAUACAAUUUCACUGGUAAAGCCAAAUAAGCGUUCCAGUAUUUUUAUUUGUCAACACAAUCAAGUUGGUCAUUGUAUGAUUUGUUAUUUAGCGAGAUGCCUUUGUGAGAUCCUCAAGGGAGUCUUUGUUACUGGUACUCUCGGCGUAGCUCUGAAGAACUCGGUAGACCCUCAUGAGAUCAUUGCGAUGCCGCCAAAGCCCAGGUUUGCACAGGUGGGUGAUUUUCACAUAUUGGUAGACGUCAACUUGGUGCUCAAAGUCCAAUUGUUUCAUCAGCGUCAUCAUAGAACAAUAGAUUGCAGCCUCAGUUCCUCCGCAAGA